ACUCAGGCGCAGGUCCAGCGGAAACUAAGCGACGUGAAUACUUUCGUGUUCCGAAGAGGGAUUCGUGUAGCACGGCGCCGCGUUAUGGGAUGGGUGACCAUCGGGGGAGGCACCUCACCAAUUUCGGCAAGACUGCGAUGCACGUGUUUUCAGGUCCUGAUCUAACGACAGGCCUCCUCGACAUGCUCGCGAUUCUCGGAGCCUUCCGCCUCGAUGGAAAAAUAAAUCCUUGGAGAGGUGUUGAGGCUGCUGUGCGACGCUCGCUCCUGGGAGUGCGAAAAAUCCGGAAUGACCACACCACUUCACCAGCACUCUCUCUUCUUUACUCUAGAUCAUCAUCAAAUAAACUUUGAAAUCCCGCAUCCAUCGGUAUCUGGUAACGAUGAAAAAACAAAUAGCUUACCGCCGUCCCCACGAUGUCAAAACUAUCAGGUGCGCACGCCAAGCACGACUCUUUGCAACCCUCUCGGCCCCUGGCUCUGUCAGCAGAACUGCGGAAUAAUAUAUACGGCGCACUCUUUCGGAUUGGUGAGCCAAAAAAUCUACUGAUGGAUGUGAACUCUACCGACGACUUUGAAGUCUGCGGUAAUGAUGUCAGCGCCCUGCGACUUCACCUACCUGGCGCGUUUGCUCUCCUCUUAAGUUGUCAGCAAAUCAACAACGAGGCUAUGGAGUUUCUGUAUUCCAAAUUCACAUUUAUGGCGACCUGUGAAUGGAUCCUGAUUCCAUUUACGAAUCGCGUUUUUGGCAGGCACGACGACUUUCUCUACUAUAUCUUGACUAAGACGACCGAGUGGCUGCACCCGAUUUGCACGCAGCGAAGACUAGUACAAGAUCUGCGAAUCGACCUGAGGCCAAUGAUUUCAUAUAGAUUGAGGGCCUUCUGCAGCUCUCUGAAUAUGGCGCGGUUGCUCAAGUACACCUUCGGUCCUCCGUAUCCUUCACUGUGCAAGCGGAUCUCGAGUCUCAAUUCGCUGGGCGUCGAAGGCUUCACCUGCAGAAGCUCAACCUAUUCUUACAGAGUGCACAAAAUCAUCUGAGGCCCCGGGUUUGUCUACGCUGCUAGCGUAGUCUCUGUGCUUUUCGUUUAAAGGUCGACGGAUCUGUACUUUCACUCGAAUUUUGCUCACACCGCAACGGACACUACUACCAGUAUGACUUACAU